CAUGUUUAUGCUAGUUAUUAUUUUUUUAAAAAUUCGCAAAAAUAUCAUUUUCUUAAAUCUUUUUUCCAAAAGAGUAUAGCCUUUCCUUGAUAUAUUUUUUAUUAUUUUUAAAAAUUGUCAAAUCCUAAAUUUUCCCCAUGGAUUCCAAUUAUUAUUACAAUAACGAUCGUUUAUUAAAUACAAACACCACCAACAAUAAGAUAACAUUACCUCCGAUAGCCACUAGAGACGAAGAAGAUCCAUUAGUACGUCAGAAGUUCGACAACCCAAACCAAGGAAAAUUCAAUCCAUCUAAUCGCCAGAUAAUGGAAAUAGAAGAACAGCGAAAAAUAAUAAGACCUGCCCCCACUGGUGUUAUGGAUGUAUGGGUUAAACCCCUUUUGGCAGAAUUUUUGGCUACCAUGCUUUUCGUAUUCAUAGGUUGUUGCCAAGCUAUGAGUGGUAACGUAUCAGCCGCCGCUUUUGCCCACGGGCUUACUAUAGCCGUGCUUGUAGCAUGUCUGGCUGAUAUCAGUGGUGGACAUAUAAAUCCAGCCGUAACCAUUUCAUUGAUGCUGGCUGGUGGCAUCAGUUUGGUCAAAGGAGCUUUGUAUAUAAUCUGCCAAUUAUUGGGUUCCAUCUUGGGAGCAUCUAUUUUUAUGGGAGCAGUUGGGAUGGACAAUUAUAAAAGAAUGAUGGGUGGCAUGACUCUUUACAAUGCCAGUCCAGGAGGUAUUACACCAGGUGGAGCCUUUUUAUGUGAAGUUUUCUUCACUUCACUCUUGAUUUUCUGUGUUUUGAUGUUGGCCCUAGAUCACGGUGGUAGAAACCCUGUCACUGCUCUAUACAUUGGUUUAUCUAUUGUUGCUUGUGUCUAUGCUGGUGCAAAUAUCUCGGGAGCAUCUCUCAAUCCUGCUAGAACUUUUGGACCUGGAGUAUUAUUUGCCAUUGCUGGAAGGCACAACUGGUAUGGACAAUGGGUGUUUUACAUAGCACAGAUAUUGGCUGCUGUUGUCACUGCUUUAUUGUACAGGUUUGUGUUCAGAACUAGAGAAAUCUAAGCAAGAAGUUGUCAUUUUAGCAUUAUAGUUUCAGGACUUUAUUUUUUUUAAGUUAAAGAUUUUUAUAUUUAUCAUUUUUUAAGUUAUAAAUAAAUAAAUGAUGAAAUUAUAAAUAUUUUAUUUUUAAAUUCAUUAUUUCGGGGAUAUAUUUUUUAAAAGUUUUAUAAGGAGUAAUUUAUAGGGAUUACAUAUUGCACAGUUAAAAUCAAACCAAAUUUUUUUUAAAAAUUAAAAUUAAUUUAUUUUAA